UCUCACCAGAUUUAUUUUCGUUUAAUACUACAGCGGUUUACCUGUAAUCGCAUGAUGUUGCGGAUUUUCGUGCUUAAAUUGAUUUAUAAUUUAGUUGAUAUGCAUAACGAGGAUUCGGUGCUGAACAAAACUUGUACUAUUAAAUUUUGAUACAGAAAUUAUAAUUUACAACCAAGAUAUCAAUCGUUAUCAACCAACGCUGAAAUUGUAGUAAACCUAGCGGAGUGUCACGUUAUCGUUUUCGUUGAUUCUGCAUCCUGCUGCUCAUUAUGGGGAAUCUCAGUUCGCGGCGGGCAAAAAUUUACGAAGUCGAGAUCAGCCAAAAUCAACGGCCUAUACCACCGCGUAAAUCUGACGCUGUCAAACGCCGACUGUCUGACGUCAUUCCCGAUACCCUACCGGCACCAACAGUGAAGAAAAGCGAUUCCACCAUAAAUAUCCCCGCAAAAGAUAUUUCAUAUAUAACCGGCGAAAACGUUCCUAAAUCAAAAAGCUCAGAUUCGUCUUCCAACGGUCACAAUUCCAGUGACAAACCGGGAAAUCGACUCCACAAACCCAAACUAAUAAGCCUGAAGGAAGUCAGACAAGUAACUACUAAUUUUCUGACGAAACGCAUCUAUGGCCUGGACAAAUCACCGCGCAGCUUUAUUGAAUCAUUAUUUCCUCAACCUACACGCUUAUUUAAUUAUCGCUUAUUAUGGGUAUCAUAUGACCUUUUGGCCGGUUUACUAGUAGCCAUGAUACAUUUCACUCAAGAAUUUGCCACGGCCAUGACGGGAAGUAUGCGGCCCACACAGGGAUUGUACAUUUCCAUCUUUCCGCCUCUUAUCUACGCCUUACUAGCCACAUCCCCGCACAAUUCACUGGGCGCCAUGCCCAUAACCGCCGCCGUUGUCGGCGUGUCGGUUAUGGGCAUCCAGGAAACCUAUUAUCCGCAGCAGUACGAUGCUGCGACGGGAACCCUCCUGUCGAAUGGCGCACAGUGGGACCUUCAUUUCCAGGUAUCCACCGGAUUGGCCUUCUUUGCCGGCUGCUUUAUGAUAGCAUGGGGAUUACUGAAGAUGGGCUUUCUCUUCACAAUCAUUUCUCCAUCGGUGAUGGACCCCUUCGGGCUGGCUUGUAUGCUGCAGUCGAUCAUGGCACAGGUUCCUGCCGCCUUCGGAAUACAGGUUCCGGUCAGGUUCACUUAUGCCAAACAUUUCCGUGAUCUCAUCUACUUUCUAACAAAUAUCUAUUCCAUCAAAGUGUGGGAAGUCGUCAUUUCCAUAUCAUUUGCCAGUGUGGUGCUUGUAUUCCGUGAAUAUCUCCAACCAAUUAUUUAUCGCAAGACUAAACUUGUCGUCCCCAUUGAGUUCCUUAUGUUUGUUGUGGUGAUUGGUUUGAGCUAUCACUUUCGCUUCCAGCAGCGAUUAGAUGUCCGCGUUGUCGGCAGUUACAACCACGGUCUACCAUGGCCAAGCAUGCCCGGCUAUGACUACGGUUUGAACAUUGUCUGGCAUGGAUUCUUCUGUGCCGUUAUUGCUUACUCAGUCACGCUGGGUUCAGCGCGUACAUUAGCCCGUAAAAAUAAGGACAACAUCAAGACCAAUCAGGAGCUGAUCGCCCUGGGCUGUGCUCAUCUGUUCGGGUCGUUUUUCUCCAGCUUCAUCGUAUCGGCACCCAUGGGGCGGGGCAUCAUCAACCAGUCGAUGGGCAGUCGCUCGCAAUUAUCGGCGCUCUUUGGCAGUGUUUUCUUGGGGAUUAUUGUGGCAUUUGCCGGACCGGCGAUUUCUUAUUUACCUCAAUGCAUAAUUUCGACAACGAUCGUUCUGUUCCUUGUGUUUUCUUUACGGGGAUUUACCGAGCUGCCAAAACUGUGGAAAUCUAACAAAUUUGAUGCGCUUGUCUGGGUUUUGACCUUUGUCGCAUCCGUUACACUGAAUGUGCAAAUCGGAUUUUUACUUGGCAUAACACUCUCCGUUGUUGGCUUAACAAUUCGUACCCAAAGUCCCAAGGUACGCGUUCUUGGUCGAUUAAAGAACUCAAAUGGAUUUGUGCCACUGAAAUAUUAUAAUAAGGCCGAAGAAAUCGCUGGUAUACGGAUUCUGCAGAUCAACUGUCCACUGCACUACGCUAAUGCCCAUUAUCUAGUCCAGGAUGUGCUCACGUUAGCCAUGGAGCCGUUCGUCAUUGCCAAGAGCAGCUUUACUAACGAGAGUAACCUGUUCAAUGAAAGCGGGCAUUCAUUGCGCUCCUUCCUCGGCACGACAUCGAACCCAAAACUGUACCGCUCCAAAAACCGCUUCGAUAAUGGUGAUAAAACUGGCAGCGGUACAACGGAACGGCCGCGGUUUACAAGGAAGUUAUCCAGCUCGCAACCAGAAGAGUUUCCCCCAUAUAAACCGCCAACAUCCACGACACGCAUUUCCAAUGAGUUUAUCAUGAUUGCCGGCAGUUCGACCAGUAAGGCGUCCCGCGUUAUUCUGGAUCUGGGCACGGUUGGUUACAUUGAUGCCGUAGGAAUUCGCGGUCUGGAACAACUGGCCAGUGACCUUAAGGUUAAAGCUAUCGAGCUGAUUUUGGCGCAAUGCAAAGGUUCUGUGCGCAAGCAACUACGGGAGCUGGAACUUGGCAAAAUAGUGCCAGAGCGGAAUAUCUUUCCCAGCCUGGUGGAUGCUGUGAACGAAUCCAGUCGGCGCAUCCGUAUUAAGACAAUUGAAGCCCAGGGCACGAUUCGGGAUCGAGAACGGCGCGAUGUACGGUUUUGGGAUUUUCCAGUGGCCAGUCGGAUAUCUGGAUUGCCCCAAAUCAAUUAUCGCAAAGAUUAGACUGGUUAAGGCGUAGCUAUACUGACUGCUGCAAGAUCUGCACCGAUGAAAUUAUUACUGUCCUUUGAGCUUGCUUUAAUAAUUUUACUGACUCUUUUGUGUGCAGUUGCGUGUACUUGUUGUAAACUCUGCGAGGUGGUACCUCUCAGAGUUCACCAUGACCCUGAUGCGUAAAUUUUAUCAACUACUGAACCAUUUGAUAAUACUGUGCAAGAUCCAUUUCGUCAACGACAUGUUUAUACCAAAU